AUAAAUACUUUUUUAUUAAUAGAAAAAAUAUAUGAAUGAAAUAAAUGUAUAGAAUUUGAGAGAGAAAAAAACAAAAAUUCUUGAUAAUGUGGCCCUGAGACGUGUGUCAUCAAUGUUAAUUCAGAAACUGUUUAACGCAAUACUCUGGCAUGCUUUUUUUUAGCAAUGAGACACACCUUUAAAAUUUUUCAUUAAUGCAUAAUGCGCAUUGAUGUCUAAGAAGCCCAAGAACGAAAAAGACACGUUAAAGUUGACCAUAUGUAACACCGUGUGUUAUACACAGAUCUAGUUUAAAAUUCUUACGUGACCCCCUUAACAAAAUUACCAACAUGAUCCAUGGCUCAAGUUCAAGUAUCACCUAUCGACAUGUACUAUCGAAAACGACUUUAAAGAAAGCAUUGCAAAACAAAGCUUGACUUAUAAGACUUUAUGAAAAGAUAAAAACGAUUCCAUCAUGCCCCAAUGAAAACAGUUGAUAAUACAUAAUGGCGGCUCUUUGUGGCAUUCAAGGUAGGACGAUUUGGAGCCUUCUACUGGUGAUGGUUUUGUGUUCUCUUGUGACAGAGGCAGUCAUUAGUAAAAUCAAUUACAAAAAGGCUGAUGUGGGCAAAGAGAAAAUUGCCAAAGAAAAGACUUCAUCGACCAAGGAAUUUAAUGCAAAUCCAAAUGAUUCCACUACGGAUGAAUUAAAUAAAAAUUUCAAAUCAGACACAACCAAACUCGAUGAAGAAACAUCGUCAUUAGAUCCUAGCACCCAGAAAACUACUACACCAUCCAUGGAAAAAUCGUCUACCUUGAAGAGCAGUUACAAUAAGGUCCCGGAAAUAUUGCCUUGUACUUGUGGCAUAUUUCUAAGCUCUCAAUUCACCAAGGGAUCAACAGAACCUCCCCGAGGUGAAUGUGUCAUAUCGAAUGCUUUGGAGCGUACUUUCCCCUGCAAUGGUGUGGGCCAGAAACAAUGUCAAACCAAAUGUUUGGAGCAGAUUGUUCAACACCUACCCAAUUCUGCAAAUAUAUUGUGUGCGGCCUUAGAUCAUGAUAUACACAAAGAAAGAGCCUAUUUAUUUAUUAAAAACUGUGAAGAUAAAUGGAUCAACACCCAUCUAGCCGCUGGCCGGGAGUAUUGUUGUAAAAAUCGUGAACCGUGUAGUUGUAAAUAGACUUGACACGUAGAAUUAUUCGGAUAAUGUUAUAAAAUAAUGACUUUGUAUA